AAGUUCAAGGUCCCUAUUCGAAGGAGUACUGGCUCCUCCAACGGAAGCAUGUCUUUUCCUCUGAACUUAUAUAUAGAAUGAAUCCAUACGAGGCGGCUAAUAUAAGUCAUUCGGGCGAGUGACACCGGUAAUCGCGUGUGCUGCAAUGACGAGAGCAUUCUCUUAAAGUGAUCUAAAUGACUUUGGGACGUGACGUGAUAAACGAAGAAAAGAGUGAGGUCGAGGUAUGACGAUUGGAACGUUCUUUCGAGGUGAUCCACGAUAGUAGAGAGUGCCUUGUGUUACGUCGCAGUUUCUUCAACAUCUUGACGACGGACGAAAAAGAUUCCUUCCUCUGGCAUACAAUGGACGAUAAACAGAUGUACGAGGGCACCAGCGACAAAUCGAAGAUUCGCGUGCAGCGUGCAACGAUCACGGUUAGUGAGGAAAGGCCGCGGCGUUACUCGUUAACCAGUUUAAGAGAUCGUCGUCUCUCGUUUGACGAAAACGAUUACUGGAGAAUCGUAGAUGGAGGCGCUGGAGCGAACGAAAAUGUCGACAGAACGAGCCAGUCGAAAAUGAAACCGCUGGCCGACUACGAAAGGAGAACCAGGCAUUAUUCUUUGACUAGAUUAAAAAGCCGUCGUUCUUGUUUGUGUCUCGACGAAGACAAAGAUUUUGCAACAAGGACGGAUGUCAACGAGACUGUCAACGACAAAACGACGCAGACAUUAAGGGUACCGUUGGCGCGCGAUGGAAAAACGAUACAUUGCUCUUUGUCGAAUUUGAAGGAUCCACAUAACGAUCUUUCAACCAGAUUGACCUCCACCUUCAGAUCCGUCAGGUAUCGACAGUCGAGUAACUCGGAGAAGAUUGUAAUUGACGAUAUACCGUCGAUCGAGUCUGCCAACGAUCACGUGGAAAUCGAUGCCGGCACACCUCCACCGGUAGAUGAAUCUCUCUUCUACGAUAACCUCGACGUUUUUAGGCAGUCGCAGAUCAACAGUAACGACCUUCGAUCGAUCAUGUGGUCGAUCGUCACUACCGCCGAGAUGAAGAUACUGUUGAAGCUAGAAAAAUGCAACACGUUACCAGAGUUACCUCUCGGCGAACGAAUAAGGAAUAUAGCGUAUAUGUGGGCUUGUUAUCGCGGUUUGGCGCAUCUGCUACCAAAACUGGAACAAUCAGGCGUGAAGGUUGAUUACGUGGAGCCUUGCACCGGCAUGAACGCCAUCCUCGCUGCCUCGUUAAGCAGUAAUGCAGCUUGCAUCGAGCAUUUGAUCAAAAGAGGCGUUGAUAUCAAUUACAAGAACCCGAUCAAUCAUUAUACGCCUCUUCACUUCGCUGUUCUUGGAAAUUCGCCGAACACGGCGAGAAUACUUCUGGAUAAUGGUGCAAAACCGAGCACGUAUCUUUAUCAGGAGGCAGUAGAACCGGUUCUGCAUUGUGCUAUCAGAGCAGAAGCCGUGGAGAUAGUGAAAUUGUUGCUGGAACGUGGUGCAAGCGUCGUCGAGAAGAAUCACAUGGGUGAGACGCCGCUUCACGUAGCUUGUUUCGUUCAAUCGAUAAGAUGCAUCGAAUUGCUGCUUGAUUCUCCCGGGACGAAUGUCAACGCGGUGGACAGGGCUCAUAGAACACCGCUGCAUUUCGCUGUGAUGACCACUUAUUCAUCCGCGAAGCUCGUGGAACUUCUGUUAAAGCAUGGUGCUUCGGUGAACGCUGCAGACCAAACUGGCUUCACUCCUCUUCACGUGGCUGCACUCAACGAACAAUCUCACUGUGUCGAUGUACUGAUCUGGGCUGGUGCAGACGUCAGUGCAACCACCAGUGCAGGACUGUCCGCUUUGAACAUUAUUCUUCGAAAGAUACCCGAAUCUCUGCAGGUCUUUCGACAGAGACUGGACGCUUCGAUAACGCUCAGGAGGCCUGUUCCUCAUAACAGAGAGUUUGAGAUGAGGUUGCACUUCGAUCUGCUCUUCCCCAGCGGCAAUCAAUGCGAGACCAGCUUCAUCAACACGUUCGUUCAGGAACGACGAAAAGAUCUAUUGUCUCAUCCUCUGGUAAUGGCUUUCUUGCACCUAAAAUGGGAGAAGAUUAGAAAAUUCUAUCUACUUAGGAUCUUAGUCUAUGCCAUGACCGUGAUCUGUAUGACUACCUACGUACUCACAGCGUUAGCUUACAAAUGUUACAACUACGACGAGGCGAACAGCUCCAAGAUCUGCAGCAGCAAACAUAUCUCUGGAUUCCUGUUCAGACGACCAGUAAUCGAGAUUCAAUGGUAUCUUCUAUUGAUCUUCACUUGCAUCUCCAUUCCCAGGAAGAUAUUCGGUUUUAUGGUCUACACGUCUGCCAAGCAGUACUUCUCCAACAUUGAUAACGUGCUAGAUGGCGUUGUUAUAAUCAGCGUUUUCGUCACAUCGUUCGUGUACACGGGACGUACGUACGAUUGGCAAAACUACGUUGGAGCAUUCGCGAUAUUAUGUGCCUGGACAAACUUGAUGCUGAUGGUCGGGCAACUACCAGCUUUUGGCACGUACGUGGCGAUGUUUACUCAUAUACAGUUUGAAUUUGCCAAGCUGCUGCUUGCUUAUUCUGGAUUACUGAUAGGGUUUACUAUCAGCUUUUGCGUGAUUUUCGUCGGGGAACCAUCUUUUGGUAAUCCUUUUACGGGACUCAUUAAAGUAUUGGCUAUGAUGGCUGGAGAACUGGACUUUGAGGGACUCAUCACGCAAAUCGAUCAAGAUCUAGAAUCAGAUGGACCUUUCGUUAUUUAUCAUCCUCUAUCCGUGUGCUCUCAGAUCCUCUUCACUCUGUUCAUCGUGUUCGUCACAGUGAUCCUGAUGAAUUUGCUGGUUGGGAUCGCUGUUCACGAUAUCCAGGGAUUAAGGAAUCACGCUGGUCUCACGAAACUUGUACGCCAGACAAAGUUGAUUCUGUUCACAGAGAUGGUCUUGCACAAUAGUUCGAUACCAUACGCUUUUCGAAAAUGGAUGUCCGAUCAUAAGAUUAACGUGGAGAACAGAAGAAAGGUUCUAGUUGUGAAACCAUUGAAUCCUUUAGAGAAGAGGUUGCCGAAGGACAUCUUGAAGGCUGCUUACGAAAUUGCUCAAAAGAAUAUACCAUUCAUGAACGACGAUAACAUCGAUCUGAGUGACCAUGUAAUGCGAAUGAGACAACAGAGCGAGGAAUAUUUUGACUCUAAUUUUCAACUGAUUAUAGAGAAUCUGACCAACAAGCUGCAGUCCUACGAGGACACUAUCAAGUCGUUAAAGGAGCAUCUGUUAGAUACUAAUAAAAUGCUGGAAAGUGUUGUAAAAAGUCUGGCGAAGGAAAAAGAUAACUGAGAUCACCAGCUAGGUACUGACUGAUUGAAAUUAUCAAAGUAGUUUAAUCUACGGGAAACAAGGACACAACUACCGUAGUUAGUUAGUAAUGUGCACGUGAACGAUUAGUAAAUGACCGAAAGUAUAUCUUGAUGUUUAAUGCGUCGAUUGAAAUCCGAUAAAAUCAAUUAAUUUUUACUUA